ACAGGAAGUUAAUGCUACUUGUCACUGCUUCCUUUAAAUCUAGCUUUCAACACCUUCUGCCACAUCGAUCAUUUGUUGUAAGUAAAUACUUUGUAUUACAAUACGUUUGAACUAUUUUUACUCAAAGGGAUUGAGAGAUUCAAUACAUGUGGAACGACUGACGUUUCGAUACUAGGGACGUCACAGGAGGAACUUGACAGGUCUUUAAAUCCUGCCUGCUAUUCAGUCAAGUGUUCUGAAAGAAGUGAGCCGUCUGUUACAGUGCUGUUGGGGUCUUUAAACCCACCAUGCCAGCAGUCGCGGAGGAAGGAGCACCCGGUGAGGAGGAGCAGCCCCCGCUGAGCUGUUCUCCCGUGGGCCCGGAGCCCAGUCUGCCCGCUGCCCCCACAGAGGGCGCGGAGGAGCGGGCAGAGGAGCAGGCAACGGCCCGCCCCCAGCACACCUCUGCGGAGCCCCCUCUGGACCAGUUCCGGAUCAGAAAGUUCUUCGUGUUGAGGCCUGGAACUCUGAGUCAGGCCGUGAGAGACGUGGAAGCUCUGGUGGAUGGCACGGUGGAUGGUAGUGUUCGUGGCGUCUGGCUGAUGGCAGAGGUGGAUCACUGGAACAAUGAAAAAGAGCGUCUUGUCCUCAUCACAGACAACUCUCUCCUUGUCUUCAAGUACGACUUUGUCAUGUUCAACUGUGAGCAAAUCCAGAGGAUCGCGCUCAACUUUGUGGACCGCAUCUCCUGCGGCAAAUUCAGCUUCCCAAAGCACUCCCUGCUGCAGAGAGAUGGGGAGGGGGUGCGAGUGUUCUGGGACCGGCUGAGAGAGCCCUCCUUCACCUCCAGGUGGAACCCCUUCGCCACGGACUUCCCAUUUGUCACGUUCACCCAACACCCCGUCAGUACCGUCAGCGACUCUUUCUCUGAUCUCUGCGACAUCCAGAAGUUUCAAGAGCAGCUCAGGGCUGCAGCGCAGAAAGUCCAUGCCGUGAAGCCGGUUCCUGGGAAGGCCAACGGCGUCAUGGUCCUGAACGAGCUCAUCCACAUCGAGGCCUACGUGGGCCUCAUGUCUUUCCUGGGGAACCAGAACAAACUGGGAUACUGCAUGGCUCGAGGAAACAUUGGCUUCUGACCAUUCUGCAUUUAUACAAUAGUUUUGUUGGAGAUACGUUUCUUCACAAAGAGUUUAUUUAAUUGUACAAGGAUGAUUUUGUAUUAGAUUUUUGUAUGUCACAUUGAAGCAUGGAUUUUCAGGAUGUUCUAUAUAAGGUUUGUAAACCCCCCCCCCCACUAUUUAUACCAGAGUGUGGUGUCGUUUUCACACCGCUCUGCACCGGAUCCCUGCUGCUCUCAAGGCGCUUUGUGUUUGCUCCUCAUGAUAUGCUAAUCUAACUCGUUCACAAAGGGAACUGUUCUGUCUCUGUUAAAAGCUCAUUCCCAUGCCAUUCGGCCCCACAUUUGAUGCUUUAGUUUGAUCAUAUAAAGUGUAUUUUUACAGUGCAUACAGUGCUUCGUGUGUUGACUGUGUCGCUCUGCCUCUUUUGAUAUCACCUGUUCGUCUGUUGAGCCUGUGAUUGACAAGAAAAUAAAGGCAUGAAUAUUUGG